UAAAGUUUGACGAUGGACUUUGAGGAAGUGGACACGGUCACACCAAUGCAUUGAUAUUGCCUUUAUCUGCCACUGUCAACUUAAUCGAUAGUUGGUGCUGCACACACAGAGUCACAAUGUCCACGACUAAAUGUGACGUUGUUGUCGUCGGGGCUGGCAUAUCGGGAAUGGCAGCUGCCUACCGCCUCAAAAAGAAGGACCAAAGUCUGCACGUUGUUGUCUUGGAGGCCAAAGAUCGUGUGGGUGGUCGAACGCAAACUGUCCCCAUGAAGGCUGCCUCGGGGACUGACCACUGGGACCUUGGUGGUCAGUGGGUUGGAAGAUGCCAGCCCCACAUCAUGGCCCUCCUAGAGGAGCUCCAGCUCAAGAUCUACCCCCAGUUCCUCCAGGGCAUCAAGUUCAUGCAGCUCGCUGACCACACCAUCAGCUCCUACAAGUCUGAUAUCCCCUCGCUCUCUGUCCUAGCUCUUAUUGAUCUUCAGCGGUUCAUAAACAAGAUUGAUGAGCUGCGUAGAGAGGUGAAUGUGGAGGACCCUUGGUUGUGUCGGCACGCUGCAGAGUGGGACGCCAUCACCAUGGAUACCUUCAUUCAACAGACUAUGUGGACAAAAGGUGCUAAGGAAGCAGUUGAAUCUGCUGGACGUUGCAUGAUGGGAAUGGAGACGACUCAAGUGUCUUUAUUGUUCUACUUAAUGUACGUGAGUGCAGCUGAUGGUAUCAAGAACCUUGUCGAAGCCACAGAGUUCACGGCCCAGGAGUUCAAGAUACAGGGUGGUUCACAGCAGGUCUCACAGCGGAUGGUGUCCACCGUGGGAGCCAUGAAUGUGAACCUGGAUGAACCAGUAUCCUCUAUCAUACAGAACGAGACAGGUGUCACUGUGAAGACUGUCCCCGGUCACAAGUACGAGUGUAAGAGGGUGAUCUGUGCCGUGCCGCCACCUGCCCUCGGUCACAUCGACUUCCACCCUCUACUGCCCCCACAAAAACAGGAGCUGAUCAAGAGGAUGCCCCUUGGUAACAUGAUCAAGGUCAUCAUAACAUACAGGACGGCUUUUUGGCGAGAACAGGGUCAGUCUGGCGAGGCAGUAUCUAAUGGCGGCCCAUCGUUGUUACCGUGUUGUGAUUCAGGGCCCCUGUGCAUUGUUUACGAUGCUACGUCUCCUAAAGGGAAUCCAGCUCUCGUGGGCUUCCUGGGAGGACAUCAAGCAGUACAGUGGGCAGCAACCAGUGCAGAAGAUCGGCAGCACUGUGUGUUGCAUCAACUGUCCACGUAUUUUGGCCAGUCAGCCCUGGAGGUGUUGGAGUACCAGGAGAAGGACUGGAACGUGGAGCCGUACACCAGGGGUGGCCCGGUCUGCUGUCUGGGGACAGGAGCCAUGCAGUACUUCGCUGCCGGACUCAGGGAGCCAGUGAACAGGGUCCACUUUGCCGGCACGGAGACGGCGACUCAGUGGUGUGGGUAUAUGAGUGGAGCUGUGCAGGCCGGGUACCGCACCGCCAUCGAAGUUCUGUCUCACAUUCACCCUGACCUUGUAUCACAGGAUGACCAUGACCUUUAUGCCUCUCGAAUCAUAACCCCAAAGAUCAAGGCUAAUGUUCCCUGGAUAAAACUGACACUUUGUCUUGGAGCGUGUGUUGCAAUGGGAUUUGCUUUGUCCAAAAGAGGAGCCAUUUUGUCAUUAAUAAGCCCAAAGUGAUGUCGUAUGGAUUUUACAAUGUGUGUAUGUUUGUACCGUGAUAAACAUACUAUUAUUAACAUAGGGAGUUUGUAUGAAUCAGUGUUGACAGCACGCCUCGAAGACUCGUCACAUAUUUGUCACAUUAUUUCAAGCCCUGUACCCCGUAGCAGUAUGUGCAAAGGGACCCCUGGAUAGUCUGGACCCUGUUAUUCUGGAAACUCAGUCUCCCAGACAGAUACUGCUGCAGCCUGCGACUACAACCACUAGUCUAAAGCCUGAGUUGGGUAAACAUUUAUUAGGUUCGUUAUCCUCAGCCAGUAAUAGUCCUAUAUUAACACUACACUCUGCUAAACUGAUGUCAAUAGACAAUGGCAGAAUUGGACAUCUUUUUCUAAAGAUUGAAGCUGACGAUGUCAGUAUUAAUAAUACUAAUAUUACUAUCUGAUAAUGAUUUGUUAAACCCAAAAUCUGUUCAGCAUGAUGGCUUCACUAUGAAGAGUGUCAUCCAGGUCAACAGAAUUUUGGUGUGCAGUUAUUUUUGUGUAAAAUUCACUAACUAAUUUCUUUAUUAUUUCACUUAAUCAUAUGACAUGUUUAAAUCCCCCGUGUUGGAAUUCAGGAUAUGUACAUAUAUUUGUCAUGGUUCCGUUGAAAUGUCAUUUUGAAAUGAACAGUCAGUUAGUUCCCUUCUAAUAUUGACCUGCUUGGCAGUUUUUUGGUCACUGAAAGUGGUUCACAAAAUAGUUUGGAAGACUGGUCUCAAAAUUGUUGUUUUUUUCCUUUUACAAAAUUUGGUAAUUGAAAAAAACUCAGCCUUAAAUUUUAUCGUUUCAUUCAUAUUAGCAAGAUUAGUCAUUGAAGAAAUGUCUCCUCAGCAAGAGUUUGUCUUUUGUUUGUUUUGAUUAGCUCUAGCUAUCCAUGACUAGUUUGUUGAAAAUGAAAUUUUCUUCUGUUAGCUCACCUGAACUAGACGUUCAAGUGGAUCUGUAUGAAAUAGUCAUGUGUUUUGUGUGUUCUUAUUGAUCCGCCUUUUUUAUUGUGAGGUAUUUUCGCAAAUAUGAAAGAAAAUAGUAAGUCAUGCUUGAGAGCCUUUGGCUGCUAAUUUCCUAGUUAUGUGCCAAUAAGUGGAGUCUUAAUUUAGGAGGCUAAAUGUAUGCUACUGUCAAAUUUGUAUUUAAUAACCCAAGAUAUUGAAUAUAUCCACCAUCAACAUCUGCUAGUGGUGCCACAAUCACAUACAAAAACAUAUGGCGAUAGGUCAUUUCAACAUGCUGGCCCAUUGCUAUGGAACAAUCGGCUACAAGAAAUCGAGAAACAGAAAAGCUUAAAAAAUCAAAAGACACUCAAAACCUGUCUCUUCAAGACAACCUUUGACUAGAUCAAUCAUGGUCUAAGCACAUUUGAACAGGUGUUAAUUUAAAAAUGUGCUAUACAAAUUCUUAAUUUAAUUUAAGUGAUGUGCCAAUUUUUCAUGAUUUAACACGUGACAAUAUUAAACAUAUGUCUGUCAUAUAUUGAUUGAUGCUUAUAUUCUGUAUCAAGACAGGAGGUAGGUGAUUCCCUCAUACGGCCUUGUGGGGAUUCCGGGUUAGAAUUGGUCCCCACUAGCCUGUUCCAGGUGAAACAUAGAGUGCUUCGGAAAACUAGUGCUGGUAACUUUGUAUUUCACCAUGCCAUAAACAUUGUGUGUUUCAGAUUUGUGGCUGUUAUUGAGAAUUUCAUGCGAUGUCGAUGUCGGUACCAAAUGAGAUGUCGGGGCAUGUAUUACAUAGACAUAGUAUUUUUUCAAAUCACACCAAUCCCACCAAUCAGAUCUGUAUCUGUGAUUCCUCCAUGAAGUAGUAUAGUACAUAGUAAAUGCAAUUAUUAGUACUGAUUCCUAGCUGGCCUUAGUCUGUUAUGGAUGGUAUAGUUUUGUGUGAAGUUUCUACAGAUAUAUUUUAUGUAUAUUGCUGGAAAAGCAGUGAUGUGUCUGUUUCCCUUUAUGUAUGUACUGAAAAUUUAUGUCCAAUUCAGCAUUGUUUUACAAAUUCAUAUGAUUUAUUUGAAUAGUAUUUCAUAUCAGGUAGUGAACCGUGUCACAUAUCACUGUCUAGUUUAAUGGAAUAAAAUGCUUUUUGAUAAGA